AUUUUAUUUCAGUGAAUUUUAUUUGGAAAUAAAUAAUAAAAACAUGUGGAUAUAAUGUUACGUAUUAGAACAAUCGAAAAAUUAACUUAGGUUUAUAUAUUCUGACGAGGGAAUCAAAGUGAGAAAGUGAAAAAUGUUUAAUUACAAAUACCUCGCUCGAGCGCACCUCGAAGGUUUUGAUAAUUAUAAAUAUAUGUCAAAAGACACGAGCCCACUCAGUGUAUAUGUUAUGCACCCAUUCUGGAACAAAGUUGUGGAGAUUGUUCCAAAAUGGGUAGCGCCAAAUGUUUUGACGUUUUCUGGAUUCCUUCUCACUGUUCUUGACUUCUUAUUGCUCUCAUACUACGACUAUGACUACUUAGCUGCUAGUUCAAGAUCACAAAAUGAAACUACUACUGAACCAUUAAAUGGUCAUGUAGAAGCCAUACCGCAGUCUCUUUGGUACCUCCUGGCCGCCUUUCUUUUCUUGGCAUAUACGUUAGAUGGCAUUGAUGGCAAGCAAGCACGGCGCACACAAACCUCAGGACCGCUGGGAGAGCUAUUUGAUCAUGGCCUUGAUUCAUAUUCAGUCUUCUUCAUACCAGCAUGCCUUUACUCAAUAUUUGGACGACUGGAUUUCUCCAUAGCCCCAAUAAGAAUGUACUACAUUAUGUGGAAUCUCUUACUCAACUUCUACAUAAGCCACUGGGAGAAAUAUAAUACAGGAGUUCUGUUUUUACCAUGGGGCUACGAUUUUAGUAUGUGGACCUCGACAUUUGUGUUUCUUUGGACUGGAUUGAAAGGAACAGGGUUCUACAAGCGCUACCUGUUUGGCUCUUACACUCUGGCAAAUGCGUUUGAGUGGCUCAUAUAUGGGACUGGAGUUUUCACUAAUCUGCCGGUUGCUGUGUACAAUAUUUACCUAUCGUAUAAGCUGCGCACGGGCAAGAUGCGAUCGACCUGGGAGGCGCUGCGGCCGCUGUGGUCGCUGCUGAGCAUGUUCGCGGUGAGCUCGCUGUGGGUGCACCACUCCCAGCGCCUGCCGGACUGCGACCCCAGAAUACUGUUCCUGCUCAUCGGUACACUGUUCAGCAAUGUCGCGUGUCGUCUGAUCGUGAGCCAGAUGAGCAACCAGCGGUGCGAGGCGGUAAACUGGCUGCUGUGGCCUCUGACGGCGGCGGCGAGCGUGUCCCUGGCCUUCCCGCACUACGAGCUCGUGGCCUUCUACGGCCUGACCGCGCUCACCGUGGCCGCGCAUAUUCAUUAUGGCACUUGCGUGGUGCGACAGAUGUGUGACCACUUCCGAAUAAGCUGUUUCCAUAUAAAGCAGCGUGCAGAUUGACUCCUAGACGACAGUGCGUGCUAAAUAAUGUAACAUUAUUGUACAGUCUGCAAAAGAUCAUAGGAAUGUAAGAAAAGUAUUUUUGUACAAGUAAUGUUAGCUAGGAUAUGAGCUCUUGGUAUUUCCCGCCGUAUUGAAAAAACGAUACUUUUAAUAUCUCUCGUAGAAUAAAACUCUUUAAAAAUAAAAACUGAUAACUAAAGUGCCUGUUUAUGAUUAAGAUUUAAAGAUUUAUUGAUCCUAGCGUAAUUUGAGAAGUCAAAAGAUUUUUUGCCGACUGUACUAUUACAUGUUCAGAAACAUACAUUACAUGUUGAAACAAUAGACAUAGAUGUUACGAAAUAGUAUCUUAAUAGUGGAAAUGUUACAUAGCAAAGAAAAAUGUUAUUCAACAAUUACUUAGAAAUCAUUGCAAUUUUUCGGCAUCAGGGGAGAACGAAUAAAAAUAACUACUAAGGGCCUGUUUCACCACUUCCUCAUAAGUGCCGAAUAG